UUUGUGGCUGUGUCGCGAACCUGCCAUCGCGGCAUCGCCAAUCCCGCUUUCGACGGCGCUUGCCGUCGCCAAUCUGACCAUCGACGGAGCUCGCCGUCGACAAUCUGGCCAUCGCCAGGCUUGCCAUCGCUGGUGCGUCGCCGAGGACCCAUUGGUGAGCGCCAUCCGCCACCGCACUCGUUCACUGCAGCCCGACCACAAGGUCACCAGGUCGCUGGAUGAACUCCUUUCACGUGAAGGCAUAGCCCAAAGCCACAAUUCCGCCCCAUCGGCCAACGGAAGCGGUCAAGGCCGGCACCAGUCAGCCGUCGCCGAUGCAGUCGCUUCGAGUCAGCGCCGGGCCAAGCGAGCGAGCGUGAUCGUCUCAGACCCCUUUAUAUCGCACCGUCUCGUACCGGAUGCAUGUCUCUGCUCUCCUCCCGCCUGAUCCCUCCUCCGCCCUGAUCUCGCCAUGCCUGCCGUCUUGUCCGUCCCGCUGCCCGUGGAAAAGUUCCUGCGGCUGUUCUACAUCGUCUCGCCCUCGCGCACGACCUUCACCUCGCUCGAGGAUAUCCCGGAUUACACGCAGGAGGCCAUCCCCUCCUUUGUCGUUACUAUCUCGCUCGAGCUUGUCUAUUACCUCCUGUUUGAUCGACGGGGUCUCAAGCGCGAUGACGGGUCGUGGGCCACGGCCAAGUGGCGGAUGAACGACAUCGUCGGCAGUAUUACGGCUGGAAGUCUCUACACCAUCUCCAAAUUCUUCAUUCCUCAAAUCGAAACGCUUGGAUAUAUCUAUGUCUGGGACCACUUCCGAGUCUACGGCUUGGAUCCCACCAGCCUCCCAACUUGGAUCGCAGCCUUUCUGGCUGCCGACCUGGGUUACUACUGGUUCCACCGCAUGGCCCAUGAAGUCAACUUCAUGUGGGCCGCCCAUGUCGUCCACCACUCGUCGGAGCACUACAACCAGUCGACGGCUCUCCGCCAGUCCAUCUUCCAGCAGCUGACCUCGUGGGCAUUUUAUCUGCCCGCGGCGUUGUUCAUUCCUCCUUCAAUGUUCUUCGUCCACCGCCAACUGACGGUGCUGUAUCAGUACUGGAUCCAUACCGAGGUUGUUCCUCACCUUGGAUUCCUCGAGUAUAUCAUCAACACUCCGUCUUCUCACCGAGUUCAUCACGGCCGGAACCCAUACUGCGUCGACAAGAACUAUGCCGGCACGCUCAUCAUCUGGGAUCGCCUCUUCGGCACUUACGAGCCCGAGCGAGUUUAUCCGCAGGUGGUUGCUCGCAAGGAAGACGAAGAGCCUGUGCGUUACGGCUUGGUCCAUCCCAUCAACACCUUCAACCCCAUCACCGUCCAGACUCAUCACUUUGUCCACAUCCUCAAGACCGCCUACCAGACUCCCGGCUGGAUCAACAAGGCCAAGGUACUUGUCUAUGGACCUGGAUGGCACCCCGGCACCCCUCGCACCGGCUUGGUCUCGGAGCUGCCUCCCAUCGACCGCCACAACCCACCUCCCAAAUACGACCCCGAGCUUCCCUUGGACCUCGCCGUCUACAACGGGCUCCAUGCCGUCACCACCAUCGGCCUCUCGGCCCUGUUCUUUGAAAAGGCGUCGACUCUGUCGCUGUCGGCCAUCCGCCUUGUGACGGGCUAUCUUGGCAUCAGCUUCUAUUCGACCGGGGCGCUCUACGACGCCCAGCCCGAUGCCCUCAGCAUCGAACUCGUCAAGAACGUCGUCGGCUGCGCUCUCCUCGAGGCCGCCAAGGGCCAUUCUUCGAUCCCAGCGUCCGGUCGACUGGGUCUGCAGCUGCUCCAGGCAUUCUACCUCGGCAGCGGGGUCUACAUUGGCUCCAAGUUGAUCCGCCGAGGUCGCAACUGGGCCAGCAACAAACCCAAGACCCAGUGAGCAGUAGCUGCGGGGAUAUUUCCAUGUUCGCUGGAUGCUCUGGUGCCCGUUUGUACUCUUACAAUCGCCGAGCACCUCAUCGCCACGCUGUCAUUGCUCUGCCACCGCACCCACAACUGCGACUACUCCUCUUGGUACUUCCGAUCUCAUACGAUGCUUUUACCAUUGAAUACGACAAACUGUACAACUCG